AUGCCUCGUGGUCUCAACUCCGCCCGAAAGCUGCGGACUUACCGCAAGGACCAGAAAUGGGCCGACCUUGCCUACAAGAAGCGAGCUCUUGGAACCGCCUUCAAGUCCUCGCCCUUCGGUGGUUCUUCCCACGCUAAGGGUAUCGUGCUCGAGAAGAUUGGUAUCGAGGCCAAGCAGCCCAACUCCGCUAUUCGAAAGUGUGUCCGUGUAAAGCUCAUCAAGAACGGAAAGAACGUCACUGCUUUCGUCCCCAACGAUGGUUGUCUCAACUUCGUCGACGAGAACGAUGAGGUCCUCCUUGCCGGUUUCGGUCGCAAGGGCAAGGCCAAGGGUGAUAUUCCCGGUGUCCGAUUCAAGGUUGUCAAGGUUUCUGGUGUGGGUCUCCUCGCUCUAUGGAAGGAGAAGAAAGAGAAGCCCAGGUCGUAA